CUCACAGACAGUCACAGACACAUCCAACGAGCCCGACCGCCAGAGCUCGCCGCCGUCCUCCGCAGACAAUCCACCAUGGCGAUGGUGCUGGGGAUGGUGCUGGGGAAGAUCCCGGUGGAGACGCCCAAGCACGAGGUCCUCCACACCGGCGCCGGCUACGAGAUCCGCAAGUACCCGCCCAGCAUCGCCGCGGAGUUGACCUACGAUCCCAAGGAGAUGAGAGGAGACCCUGAUGGCGGGUUCACCGUCCUCGCCAACUACAUCGGGGUCCUCGGAAAGCCGCAGAACACCAAGCCCGAGAAGAUCGCCAUGACGGCUCCCGUCAUCACCACCGGCAGCGGCAGCGGCGGCGACGGCGAGAAGAUCGCCAUGACGGCCCCCGUCAUCACCACCGGCGGCGGCGAGCCCGAGCCCAUCGCGAUGACCGCGCCGGUGAUUACGGACGACCAGCAGGCGCCGGGCAAGGUGACAAUGCAGUUCCUGCUGCCGUCCAAGUACACCAGGGUGGAGGAGGCGCCGCGGCCGACGGACGAGCGGGUGGUGAUCCGCGAGGUGCCGGAGAGGAAGUUCGGCGUGGCGAGGUUCAGCGGGGUGGCCACGGACAGGACGGUGAGGGAGAAGGCGAAGGGACUUAAGGCCGCCCUGGAGAAGGACGGGUACACCAUCAAGGUCCCGUUCGUGCUGGCGCGGUACAACCCGUCGUUCACGCUCCCGCCGCUGCGCACCAACGAGGUCAUGUUCCCCGUCGAGUGAUCCGGCAAGGCGCCGGCCACCGCCCAGCUACCGGCCGCGGUUCUUCUGUGAAAUGACGGCUUGAGGUUCAGGAGGAACUGUGUUUGUAUUUUGUAUCUGUAUUUCUCUUGAAGUUGUUGUAGAAUAUGCUUUAUGCAACGAGUUAUGGAUAAAUUUUACUACUCUUCGAUCAAUGAAGAACUAAACCCUGGUGUGGAUCCGUAUUUCAGACAGUUUUUAGUUAUAAGGUAUAAAGCAAUUUACAUUUAUAUUAUAAAGUACUAUCUCGGACUCUCAGUUAUUGAAU